AUGGGUGACACGGGGACAGUGGAAGUGGAGGCCUGGUGGGCCACUGUGGUAGCUCAGAAUAGGCUGGUGGACACGUCGGCCCUCCAGGUGCCCCCUGGUGGAGGUCACUCUGCUCUCUUGCAGGUCUCUGACAUUGUGGAAGCCCCCCAAACAGAGGGCCUGAGCUCCCAGGAACCUGGCGGCAUCUUCACCGACCCUGAGGUCGGUGGGAUUGUGGGGCUGGCCUAUCCCUCUCUCGCCUCCCUGUUCUCGGUGCCCGUGUUUGACAACAUAGAAUGGCCAGGGGGCAUGCUCAUGCUGGGGGCCAUCAACCCACCCUGCUACACAAGUUGCUUGCACUGGGUGCCCUUGACUGUGUAGGAGUACUGGAAAUUCCUUGUGGGCAGUGGUGUCAUGGUUGGUGGCAUCAUGGUGGCCUGUGACAGUUACUGUCAGGCCAUCUGGGACACGAACACCCCCUUGCUGGUUGGGCCCAGCAGCAACAUCCUCAGCAUCCAGAUGGUCGUUGGAGUCACACAGGGUCAGUAUGGCCAGUUUAACUUUGACUGCGGGAGUCUAGCGGCAUGCCUGCCCACGGUGGCCUUUGAGAUCCAAGGCAGAAAGUACCCACCCCCCUCCGCCUACACCAGCCAGGCCCAGGGCUCCUGCACCAGUGGCUUCCAGGGUGACAGUUCCCAGCAGUGGAUCCUGGGGGUUGUCUUCAUGCAGGAGCAUUAUAGCGUCUUUGACAGGGCUGACAACCACAUGGGGCUGGGCAAGGCAGUCUGA